AUGUCGCACCGUGGUCCUUCUGGCUAUGGCAUUGGCGGCCCCAGCGCCUAUCCUGGAGGCGGCGGAAGUGUUGGAGUUUCCGACGAGUCCAACGGAGGCAGCAUCUUGGAUCAGCUGCGGCCGUACACCAGCAAAGUCGAGGAUAUCCUGGACACUGCCAGCGAGCCCAUCAAGCCGUAUAUGCCUGCAAUUGGAAGGUUCUUAAUUGUCGUUACUUUCCUCGAGGAUGCGCUCCGAAUCAUCACCCAAUGGAGCGACCAGCUGCUGUAUCUUCACGAUUACCGUCACAUUCCGUCCGGAAUCACCCAUCUCUUCCUCCUCUUCAACGUUCUCGCCAUGGUCUCCUGCUCCACUCUCGUCAUCGCCAGAAAGUACUCUGAUUACGCCGUUGGAGGGCUCAUGAGCGUUGUGGUUAUCCAGGCUUUCGGCUACGGCUUGAUCUUCGAUCUCAACUUCUUCCUGCGAAACCUGUCCGUCAUUGGUGGCCUCCUCAUGGUCCUCUCUGACUCUUGGGUCCGCAAGACCAAGGCCUUUGCCGGUCUCCCCACCUUGGACGAGAAGGACAAGAAGAUGUACUUCCAGCUGGCCGGUCGUGUUCUCCUCAUCUUCCUCUUCAUUGGCUUCGUCUUCAGCGGCGAAUGGUCCUUCUGGCGCGUCCUUGUCUGCAUCCUUGGCGCUGGCGCCUGCGUCAUGGUCGUCGUGGGCUUCAAGGCCAAGUACAGCGCUACGCUGCUUGUCGUCAUCCUGAGCGGCUUCAACCUGUUGGUCAACAACUUCUGGACUCUCCACGAGCACCACCCCCACAAGGAUUUUGCCAAGUACGACUUCUUCCAGAUUCUGUCCAUCGUCGGCGGUCUGCUUCUCCUGGUCAACAGCGGCCCUGGCCAGUUCAGCAUCGAUGAGAAGAAGAAGGUUUACUAA